AAUGCCACACUUCUUAAACUGGCAGUAAAACGAACAGUUUUGUCGCAUUGCAAUAUUUAGUUUGCAAUUCUCUAUUUGUGUCGGAAAUUGCGGUAUUUGAUGAGUUCGUAGUAAAAUAUUAAUUUUCUUUAAACGCAUCUUCUAUGUAUCUAUAUGUAUUAUAACAAUAAUAAAGACGAUUAAUUUAAAUGUUAGUAAACAUUAGAUUGAUACAAAAUGUCAACGGCUUGCCGGUAUGAAAUUUGCACAAACGGGAUAAGUGUACAGGAUGUGGGAAUUCAGUCUGAAGUAUAUCGAUCGUGUCAUAGCUCAUCCAAUGGUUAUUAUGGAUAUUUACCAGUAAAGCCAUAUGCAGAAGAUUACGCAAUGGAUACAAGUGAUGUGGGUGCAGAAAAUAGCAUUGGAAAUGGAACAGAUCCAAAGAAUGGCCCUUGUAUUAAUUCACUCACAAAUAUCCAAAAUGGAAAUGUUCUAUCUGUGGGAAUAUCAAUAGGUAGACGGAAACGUAUUAAUGAAGAAGUUCAUUUCACAGGGAAGCCUAAGAGGCAGCGACAGGAAGAAUUUUGUGGCCUAACCCCAUGCCAAGUAAUGGUGCUUCCGACAACUCGCAGCUUUGAUGCUCACUAUCCACGGUGCAUCAUGGGUCACUACGUGUAAAACGCAAUAUAUAGCUAACAGGGAAUUAUGGUUAUAAAUAUUAAAUAUCAUAUGACCAUUUUCAAGUACUUACUGUAAGAGCUUUUAUUUAUUCUCUAGAACAAGAGUCUCUGAAUGAAAAAAACAGUGAAAGCAGCCUGCAGUUCAUCAUCGAAGGAUGUGAUUUGGAUUUGGUGGAGAAUUUGCUGAAAGAAACACAUGGCUGUGAUCUGUACCACUAUGAUGCAUGUGAUCUUUAGUAUGAACUAAGGACUAUAAUUAUGAAAUAUAUACCCUUUGUCAGUGUGGAAUGGUUUUUACUAAUAUUUAAAAUAUCACCUUUGUGCUAGAAUUAAAAAAGCAGGCUUAUACCUAAACAUGUAUGACUUUGAAUUAACAUAAAGUUACCACAUUAAACAAAAAGGCAUUUAUAUUA